GGUAGUGGUGACGUCAUCGGUAUGUCGUGGGAGUCCAUCGCCUCACGGGAGUACCUAGGAGGCACCGCGUCCCACCAGCUGUCCGCCACCGCCCUCCUCUCCUCCCCGGACGGCUCACGGCAUCCUCUGGACUUGUAUGAGUUCACCGAGGAGGACUUCACUCCCCGCCGGGCUGGACCUGGACUGUGGGAGUGUCUGGUGGGGUGUCGACACAAGAUGGACCAGCAGCUAGCCCGCAGGAGGGUGGAGCAGGGACUGCGCCUAUACAACCAGCACAAGCAGCAAGCAGCAGUUUCCAAGUGGCGGAGCGCGCUCAAGAGGAUACGGAAACCUGGGGACAAGUUUAUCCUGCUAGGCUAUCUCUACCAGGCCUACAUGGACUGGGGCAAGUUCAGAGAGAGCAUGGAGUUCGCACACCGUCAGUUGAACAUCGCCGAGGAGGCGGACAGCCCCAACCUGAGGGCGGAGGCCUACCUGAACCUGGCGCGGACCCAUGAGAGGAUGGGCGCGUUGGAGCGGGCCCUGGCGUGUGCGAGACAUUCCCUGUACAACGAGUGUGAUCAGUGCAGGACUGCGGGGUUGGUGCAGAUCACUGUAGGCAGUGUACAUCUGGAGUUGGCUACCUUCUGCAAGGCGCUCCAGGCCUUCCAGCAGGCCCACAGCAUCGCGCAGAGGAUACAGGACCCAGCGCUGGAACUACAGGUGUACGUUGGCUUGUCAGAGCUCUUCGGCAGACUACAAGACGCCGACAAGAGCGCGAGGUACGCCUCCAAGGCGUACGACCUCAGCAGGAACCUGCAGCUCGGGGACCUCAACAGCAGACACCACAGGGCCGCGCUGCUGCAGAUGGCUUCAGCACUCAGGAAACAAGGAGAGCUUGGGGACGCUCAUGACUACUGCAGCGAAGCUACAAGACUAGCUCUCGUAUCCGGCGACCAGUCAACCUACGCUAAGAGCAUCCGCAUCAUGGGAGAUAUUUAUAGAAAAAAGUCUGAAAUUAGCAACGCCUACCGCCAGUACGAGAGUGCGAUGAGCUCGGCGUGUGCGAUGGGUGACCGCCUCUGCCAGAUGGAAGCGAUGGAUGGAGCUGCAAGAUGUCUGGAGGCACUGAGACUGCAGCAGAAAAUCUGCAACUGUCGACCACUCGAGUUCAACAUAAGACUGCUGGAGGUUGCAAUAGCUAUAGGUGCUAAGCUCCUGAUACGGACGGUGCGAGUGAGGUUGUGUAGGAUCUACCAGAGUCUAGGGGACGAGGAACACCAGGACGAACAUGCGAGAGCGGUCCAAAGCCUGGAGGAGGAGCUGGAACUGCAGUGUGGAGCGUGCAGCCUGCCUCUGGGCUUCGAAGCAGACAGUCUGGAGGCUCUGCCGUGUGCUCACAUACUGCACGCCAGAUGCGCACACGAAAUCCUCCGCCGGAGGGAUAAGAAGAAGAAGCGCGUGUGUCCAGACUGCGAGAGAACCGUGAGUUCCCGCCUUUACCUCCACUGUGAGGACCCGCACCACUCCACCUUCAGUCUGGGCAGUCUGUCACUACAGGCGUCCUCGGCCGUCUAACAUUCGGCCCCGCCAAGCCGCAGGACCAAAUACCUCACUAGCCCUGCCAGCUUCAACCUCUCUUUCGAGCAGCCAUCUCAGACCUCGUACUUUACCUCUCGUUAAGUACAGGUGACACUAUUGGGUGGAGAAACACGUUUGAAAUCAGCUGUUACACGAGGUUUUGGAAUCGCUCUGCCUAGAAUAACAAGUAAGGGACAUAUUUUUAAGACAUCAUCGAAGCGUUAAUUGAAUGCAUUGUUUUCAUUGUCGUUUGCUAUAGACUCUUCUACAAGUGUUGGUGGGUGGCAACGUUGCACCUAUUGUCAUCGUAUUACCUUGAAAACGUGCAAACAUAAACAUUGCACAGGACCUUCAUUAUGAAUUAGUAC